AUGGUAAGUUUACACGCCUAGUAUGUGCAAAUCAGCGGAUCUCCCAGCGCUGCCCUGCAAGCGCUAUCAUGGACUUUCAACACCAUCUGCAUCCGCGACUUCUCAUUGACUCCUGACAAAUCACAUCACCAUGCUUGCUCAGGCCGCCCCUCAGGGCUCCGAUCCGGAGGAGUACUACGUCAAACAAGACAGGAUCGGGAAAGGCUCCUUUGGGUGAGUAUCGCGCGCUGGUGGAACACAGACGAAUGGGUUUGGGAGAGGCGGCGUGUUGGCACCUAAUGCUCUCAUUGCGGCUCAGUACCAAGUGGGUCCGAACCUUGUCUUUUCUCAGCAACGCUGACCGUUCCCCACUCCUCUAAUGCAUCUCGAUCGGACACCAGUGAGGUGUAUAAAGGUUUCAGCAAGAUCACCAGGCAGCCCGUAGCGAUCAAGAUCAUUGAUUUGGAAAGUGCCGAGGAUGAGAUCGAUGAUAUCCAGCAAGAGAUCAGCAUAUUGAGCCAGAUGGAGAGCACGCAUGUGACCAAGUGAGUGCGACGUGCGCGCCGUCGAGUUAAACAUGAAAUCCUUGCCAACGCACCGCAGAGCUGAGCUGACGCUUGCGCCGCGGUGUACCUCCUUUCAGAUAUCACGGGUCAUGGCUCAAGGGCACGAAUCUUUGGAUUGUGAUGGAGUACUGCAGUGGUGGUAGCUGCUCUGAUUUGGUGAGAUACAGCAGAUGCUCUUACACCAACACUCUAUUGCGGAUGCUCACGAUGGGACUGUCCGCCGCACGAACACCUAGAUGAAGCCGGGCCGUUUCAGAGAAGAUUACAUUGCCAUCGUGCUACGAGAGCUGCUGAAGGGGCUAGACUAUCUGCAUGGCGAGGGCAAGCUUCACAGAGACAUCAAAGGUGCGUCCAGGCGCUAGUACGCAUUUGCUCUUCGGCGCAAAAGAGGCUUCGUGCGCGCUCACUCGCCUGCCUCUCGUGGAAUUCGCAGCGGCAAACAUAUUGCUGUCUAGCAGCGGAGAUGUCAAGCUGGCUGAUUUUGGUGUUUCUGGACAAUUGACGGCUACGAUGACGAAGAAAAACACGUUCGUGGGCACUCCUUACUGGAUGAGCCCCGAAGUGAUCAAGCAGAGUGGAUAUGACUUCAAGGCCGACAUUUGGAGUCUAGGCAUCACAGCAAUCGAAUUAGCGAUGGGAGAGCCUCCCUACGCUGAUCUGCAUCCUAUGAAGGUCAGUGGCGUCGGGGCGGCGCAUGCUUUACGCUGCCUGACAACGCUGGCUAGUGACUGAUUAGCAUCUUCUUCUUCCCAACUAGGUUCUGUUCCUCAUUCCAAAGAAUCCUCCACCACAGCUCGACCAGGCUUUCUCGAAACCCUUCCGAGAAUUCGUGAGCUAUUGCUUGCAGAGAGAUCCUGCAAACGUGAGUCAUCACGGAAUGCCUCGAUGUUGUUGGUGUUAUCCAGAGCGACCGCAAGCUCACGCUGCACGCAUUUGCCACAGCGACCCACCGCACGCGAGCUGCUCAAGCAUCGCUUCAUCAGGAACGCCAAGAAGACUUCUUACCUUACCGAGCUCAUAGAGAGGCUUGAGAGAUGGCGUGCAGAGGGCGGAGAUGGUCCCGACGAGGGUGAUGACAAGCGUCGUUCACAAGAAGAGGUCGGCGAUGCUGGAGAAGAUGAUUGGGACUUUGGCACUGUGAGGAGAGGGACAGUGGGCAGAGCUGGCGGGGCGGACUUUGCGCAUACGGCAAGUCAAGACCUCCACCCGUACACUGCGGCCCAAGCGAACGGGCGCCUGGGGCAGAAAGGUCUACCUACACCUCCAAAACCCAAUCACGGCGUCCCCCAAGACCGAUAUGGAUCUCAGAGAUCGUUUGGCUCAGGCGGAUCGGGUUCUGCAGGCGGAACUGUUCGUUUGGGCGCUGGACAGACGCGAGCGGGAAUCUCAGGUCCAAGUCGCACCAGAGAUCCCUCGAUUCACAACAUCGGAGGUAGCUCAGGUCCCGUGCAGGCGAGAGACUACGGCGCCAAAUUUGAGCCUGUUGGCGCCGGCACUCCGCCUCGACCUCCCCGUCAUGCUCGUGCAGGUAGCGAAAUUGUGGGAGGUGAAGGGCAUAGUGGGCAGCAUGCGCAUGAUGGCGGAAAUGGGUAUGCGCAAGCGUACGACGCUGCUCAGGCUUAUCAGCGAGCGGCAGGAGUGGACGAAGUAGAGCAGGAGACGAGGGGGAUGGACGAACUCAGGUUGCACUCGCACCAGAAAGGCGCGAGCAGCGGUAGCGACGGAAGCAUGGAUCCAGGUGCUGCGGCUGCUCAGCUAUCGCGCACAGGAGGCAGUGGCCCUGAUUAUGGUGCAAGUCAAGCCCAGCCAGGAUCCCAGCCCAAUUCGGCUUUGCACGGCGUCUUCCUGCCAGUGCUUGAGCAGGUAUGUCUCACCACUUGGGUGUGUAGUCGCCUACAACGCUUCGCGAACUUAUAUUUACAAAUUUAUUCUUUCUUGCAGCUUUCCCUUGCGGUUUCACACAACGCGGACGCACAAAGAACCAUCAUUGAUGUUCGAAGAGCUCUUGAGGCUGCUGAGCGCGUCACGCCCGGCCUGAUGAAUGCAUUUGCCCUCGAAGUCUUCCAUACUAUGGCAGAGGUGAGCUGCACGAACGUGCCGCCUUCAUAA